AUGCUGUGGUCAGCUAAGGACGUCAAAUGGGUUCCUCUCAAUGCCUCAGGAAGCUCCGGCGGCAUCAUUCUAGCAUGGAAAACUUCCAAGUGGGAGCUUCAAUCCUCCUCCGUUGGAUCAUUUUCAAUCUCAGCUAUCUUAAAAGAUAAGUGUUCUUCUUUAUGUUGCCUUGUCUCUUCCGUUUAUGGUCCUAACUCAGAUAAUAUCAGAAAAGAUUUUUGGAAUGAGUUGACUAGCAUCAGACAUUCCUUCCCAGGUCCUUGCUGCUUCGUAGGAGAUUUCAACGUCAUCAGAUUUGCCGAGGAGCAUUCAAGGAAGAGAAGAGUUUCUUCAGCUAUGGAAGAGUUUUCUGAUUGGAUCCAAUCGCAUGAACUGGUUGAUCUCCCCUUAUUUGGGGCGAGGUUUACCUGGUCCAACGGUCGUCAAACUCCAAUUCAGUCCAGACUCGAUAGAUUUCUUCUAUCCACUGACUGGCUAGAGGCCUUUCCGGCAGCUUCUCAACUGGCCCUUCCCAGAAUUACUUCAGACCACUGUCCAAUCCUGCUAUCCCUGGAAGAUGAGAGCUGGGGUCCUAAACCAUUCAGGUUUAAUUCUUCCCGGAUCAACCUAAAAGAUUUCAAGCAGCGGCUCAAGGAAUGGUGGUCCUCAUUUCAGGUCGAAGGCUUCGCGGGUCACAAACUUCUAUGUAAGCUCAAAUUGCUUAAGGAGAAGUUGAAGAAAUGGAAAAUAGAGGAAUUGGGAAAGAAGGAUUCGGAAAUGGCAGCCCUUCUGUCGGAACUCCAGCGUUUGGAUUCGGAAGCAGAGGGAUCUAUGUUGUCUUCUGAAGCAUUGGGCAGAUGUAUCCAGAUCAUCCAAGAUAUUUCCAUUAGAUCGCUGCAAGACGAAAUAUCCUGA